GAUUUUCUUAGAUCUGUGAUGGCUUAGCUCUAUUACACCCAGUGAAGAGGAUUCAUUGGUGCAUUAGGUUUGACUGUGAGACCCUGGUCUACCAACCCUACCCCCACUUUACAAUAUAUGUUAUAAGACCUAAGAGCACUCAGAACUGACUUUGGGGAAAACUGUGCAGUUCAAAGUUUUUAACUUUUAAGAGUCAGGUCCAGAGGAUUAUAUCAUGUUGGAGGGUCUUUUCCAGCCCUCCACUUCUGUCCUGUUGGGGACCAUAGUGGGCUUGCUGGUCUUUUACUUUCUUCCCUCCAGCUUCAGCUUGCAAGAAAAAAGGAGUGAGCCUCCAGGGCCAAGUGCUUUGCCCCUGUUUGGCAACAUACUGCAGUUUGAUUUGAAGAGACCUGACAAAAAUCUCUGUGAGUUUGCAAAGAAAUAUGGACCUGUAUUCAAAGUUUACUUUGGAACCACCAAAGUGGUCGUCUUGGCAGGGUUCAAGACAAUCAAAGAGGCUCUGGUCAACUACUCAGAGGAGUUUGGAGACCGAGACAUCUCCCCUUUAUCAUAUGAUUUAAACCAUGGCCAUGGAAUUCUUUUUGCAAAUGGAGAAUCAUGGAAAGAGUUGAGGCGUUUUUCCCUGACCACCCUGAGAGACUUCGGGAUGGGCAAAAGAUUAGCUGAGGAAAAAAUAUUGGAGGAAUGCCAGCAUCUGAUCCAACUGUUUGAUGAAUAUAAAGGAAAACCCUUUGAUACUUCACGUCCGAUGAAUUAUGCUACAUCCAAUAUCAUCUCCUCUAUUGUGUAUGGAAGCAGAUUUGAAUAUGAUGACCAGCGAUUCCAAAACUUGGUGAAAAGAGCAAACGAGAACAUAUCUCUAACUGGUUCUCCAACAGUUCAGCUUUACAACAUGUUUCCAAGGCUGCUCAGCUGGGUCAAAAACAGGCAGCAGAUAUUAAGAAACCUUGAGGAUACUGUCCAAGACAUUAAAGAGUUGAUCAAGAGCAUUAAAGAAACACUCAACCCUCAAAUAUGCAGGGGGCUUCUGGACUGUUUUCUAAUUCGAAAGCAGAAAGAAGAGGACUCGUUUGUAAAGGACUCUCACUACAACGAGACAAACUUGAUAUUUACUGUCGGCAACCUGUUUGCAGCUGGAACUGAUACCACAGCAAUUACACUGAGAUGGGGUUUGCUGCUCAUGGUCAAAUAUCCACACAUACAAGAGAAGGUCCAUGAGGAGCUGGACAGGGUGUUGGGAAGCCGGGAGGUGCGGGUAGAUGACCGGAAACAAAUGCCAUACAUCGACGCUGUCAUCCACGAGACACAAAGACUGGCCAGCAUUGUCCCCAUGAGUUUACCUCACAAAACCAGCCGAGACGUCACCUUCCAGGGAUACUUUAUCAAAGGGGGGACUAUUGUGUUUCCUCUGCUUACAUCUGUUCUAUAUGAUGAGAGUGAAUGGGAGAGCCCCUAUACUUUCAACCCUUCCCACUUUCUGGAUGAGGAGGGUAAAUUCUUCAAGCCUGAUGCCUUCAUGCCAUUUUCUGCAGGUCGCAGGAUGUGUCUUGGAGAAGGUUUGGCUAAAAUGGAGCUCUUCCUUUUCUUUACUUCCCUCCUCCAGCGAUUCCGCCUUACUCCUCCACCUGGAGUUACAGAGGACGAACUGGAUCUGAGUCCAGGUGUUGGCUUCAUUGUCAACCCUAUACCUCAUCAGCUUUGUGCUGUCAGCAGAGAGGGAUUCUAAAAAUGUGUUAUCUUAUCAUUUAUCGCAAUGCUGAUUGGCUAUAUCUUGAAUGCCAAUCAGCAGUUAGAUUCCUAGACUACCUGAAACACAUUAAAUAUUAUCCAUCCAACCCCCUUUUAAAAAACAAGCAUUUUCAAACGUUUCUUCUCAUCUCAAAUAAUUCUCUUUCAGCUUGAUUCAAAUUCUAUUCCUUACCAACAAGGCAUAAGGAAAAAUCAUUCCGCCUAUAUGGCUUUGUUUCAUCUCAUUGACGAAACUACUGUACAUUUGCACUUGACGAUCAUAAAUUUACUUUCAGUAUCUAUUUACACUUUUCAAAAGCUUUUGGAUACAGUUGAUUUACAUGUGUUAUUGAAAACCAUUUUUAACGUGGUUUUCAUGAUGUUACUCACAAAUGGGUAAAAAAUGAUCUUCUCAACAGAAGCCAGUUUGUUUCUGUUAAGGAUUGCAUUAUUUCUUAUCUAUAUUAAUAAUUUGUUUAAUAAGUCGCAUGUUCUUUCUCCAAUAAUGUUUGCGGAUGACACGACCCUUGUUCUCAUUCAAACUUUGAUUCGAUGGAUCAUAUUUAAUAAAUUAUCUUUGAAUAUAAAAAUAUCAUACUUUAUAAUUUUCACUGGCAAAAAAUUAUAUUCUAAGAAUUUGUCCAAUAUUGCAAUUGAUUCUGUUUAGAUACUCCAAGUAUUAACUACUAGAUUUGAUUGACUGGGUUAGCAGAAAAAUGAACACAACUGAUAUUAUAUGAAGGGUCAGUCAUCUUGUCACCACCAGUUGUCACCUUACUCUUUAUUAUAGUCUAAAUUAUCCAUAUUCUUCGUAUUGUAAUAUUAUUAUAUUAUUAUCAUAUUACUUUUAACACGCGCGACCACACACACAAUUAGCUUUUGGAUUGUUGGUCAUAGUUAAUGUAUGCAGUUGAUUCAAUUCAAUUUCAGUGGGUAGAAACUGAAACAUUGAAUUAUAAUUUUUUACAGUCUCAGUCAGUUCACUACAAUUUGGAGAUAAAAUAAACAAGGUUGACAUCUUUGUUUUUUAAAGUGAUGCUGGCUGUGACUGAGGUUUCUCAUGAGGAUGAGGCAACGUGAGGCUUCAGUCAAAGCUGAGAAGUAAAGCCUCUGUGUGAUCAAUAACGGAGGUGAGUAUACUCGUCUGAGAACAAUCCCAUAUUUCAAACAGUACCUUUUCGACUUUUACAUUUCAAUGGUUUUUGCGACCAAUAGCAAAGCCUGUUUAAAAGGUUAAUAUAUCCCAAACUGGCUGCAGAGGAUCUGAGGGCAUCUAAUGGAUGAACGUAGAAGGGUUAUGGCGGGGCCUUUGGAAGUAAAAAAGGUGCUUAAA